ACAGCUGGGAAUGAGACUGCGGAAUUAACCAAACUAACGAAUCCCAUCUAUGAACAAGACGUGAAGCAAAGUGAAAAAAAAAAAAGAGCGAACGCUUAGGCCCAACUAUUUUGGCGGUCGUUAGCAGGACCCCGGAGGAGCGGUGUAAGGGGAGGUCUCACCCGAGCUCCUUUUGCCGCACAAUGUCCCCCCUUCUACCCUUCAGUUUUCCCUGUCCAAUGGUCAGCUCUGAUCGGGCUUCACACCUCAUAGGAGGAGAGAUACCGAAGCACCGCCCUCAACGACCAAUCUAUCCAUCUGGAAGAACUGGCUAAUCAUGGUUUGUCUCUAGAUUUCCCCGGGCCCUAAUCAGCACACUUCCCACACGCCCGCUCGGAUGGCGCCAUCGUCAUCAGCCGACUGUGGUGGAACGGACCUUCAACACCUGAAGCUCCUUCAAUCCCUUCUGCACGAGCUCCUGGAUUCUCCUCGGGUCCUCGAUGCUCUUGUGUUCCCGGAAGGCAUCCCUAGUCCUCCGCCUCGCGUACUCGCGGAAGUUGUAGGAGGAAAAACGAUUGGAGAAGCGGAGAAGAUUGCGGUACUGAGAGCGACAUGGCCUCUAUCAGUAUUUUCAUCUUGAUGACGAGAGGGAUCAAAUACCAAAGACCUAGCUUGAAAUGCCGUAUCAGCCAUAAUAGAACACCACCGGUGGAACAGUGAUGCUGAUGACCGAGAUUGUUUUUCGCGGGAACCAGAUGGGAUGCCCACACAAUGCCAAGAGAUAUUAUGCUAUCUGCCGUCACUCUGUCCAGGAACAAAUGAAUGGAAGGACAAGCCUUUUCAACCCCCCUUCAAGUUUUAUGCCCCGCAGAGCCCCACUACUGAUAUUGCCCCUCCGAGCGCGGUUGACCCAGCCCAACCCUAGCCCCUCUUGAACGGGGUGGAAAGGAGAGGAGAAAAAAGAAAACGGCCCCCAACCCGCACCCCGCUAUUCAUACCGCUACGGUGCGUAAGAAAAAUGAAGGCCUCUCUCAUUAUACCCUGAGAGAACGCCUUAUCGCCCCUAGUGCGGCUUCGGAGGCCAAGACGGUCGAAGGGGAGCUGGGGUGGUUUGCAAUUCCGGAGCGAAAUCACGUCAUUUGAAGGGAAAUGUUCCUUCGUGAGCCUUUCUAUGAAAAUACGAAUUUAAAGGUCGUGUCCCUUUCUCUAUGAAUAUCUGUGUCCAUAGUUCCCGCUCCCAGUCCUCAUUUCUUUGCCCCAGCUUCCAGGGCACUGUAUUUAGUUUCUACUCUGAUCCCUCUGAUCCAUUCACUGCUCCCCCUCAUCGCUAGAAUGUCGGAUUUGCCGCUGCCCCACGGAGGUGUCCUCAAGGACUUGAUUGCUAGGGACCUCCCUAGGCACAAUGAGCUGCUCGCUGAGUCGGAGAACCUUCCAGCUCUGGUUCUCACCGAGCGUCAACUUUGCGAUUUGGAGCUGAUCCUGAGUGGUGGAUUUUCCCCCUUGGAGGGUGAGUCGUGAUUGCUUCUCCUUUUGCCUCGUGGUGUGCGUGUCCUAACCGGUGCGAAUAGGUUUUAUGAACGAGAGGAAUUACAACGGGUUUGUCUUUGCAUUCCCCGGAAUUGAGAGGUGGGUGAAUGUUGAUAUCGGGACAGGGUUGUUGAGAACCUCCGCCUCGUCGAUGGAACCCUCUUCUCCAUGCCCAUCACUCUGGAUGUUACCAGGGCUCAAAUCGAGGGACUGGGUAUCAGGGCUGGCGCAAGAAUCACGCUCCGUGAUUUCCGUGAUGACCGUCACUUGGCCAUCAUUACCGUCGACGACGUCUACAGACCUGACAAGUAGGUUGAGAGUGACAUCUUGUGAGCGAACCCGCCCUGACUAGCAAGUAGGCAAAAGGAGGCUAGGGAGGUCUUGGGCGGCGAUGAAGAGCACCCUGCUAUCCGUUAUCUGUUUAGCACCGCUCGGGAAUAUUAUGUGGGUGGGAGGAUUGACGCCAUUAACAGGCUCAAUCACUACGACUACGUUGGCCUGAGAUGUUGGUGACCCCAAUUGGCGCGACACUAUUGUGUGGUGCUAAUUGCGGUAUAGACACUCCCGCCGAAUUGAGGUUACAUUUUGAGAAGCUGGGAUGGUCCAGGAUCGUCGCCUUCCAGACCAGGAAUCCCAUGCACAGGGCUCAUAGGGAGCUCACGGUCCGUGCAGCGAGGGCGCGCCAGGCAAACGUACUCAUCCACCCCGUUGUGGGUCUCACCAAGCCGGGCGACAUUGAUCACUUUACUCGUGUGCGCGUCUACCAAGCCCUUCUCCCCCGAUACCCUAACGGCAUGGCCGUCCUUGGUCUUCUCCCCCUCGCUAUGCGCAUGGGAGGACCCCGUGAGGCCAUCUGGCACGCCAUUAUCCGUAAGAACCACGGUGCCACUCACUUCAUUGUCGGGAGGGACCACGCUGGUCCUGGAAGCAACUCGAAGGGUGUUGAGUUUUACGGUCCCUACGAUGCUCAACGUGCCAUUGAAAAGUACAAGAGUGAGUUAGGAAUUGAGGUUGUUCCAUUCCAGAUGAUGACGUAUCUCCCCGACACCGACGAGUAUGCUCCCAUCGAUGAGAUCAAGCCGGGGACCAAGACCUUGAACAUUUCCGGAACUGGUAUGAUUAGUAUUCCUAGCUACAUGGGCAAACCCAAUGAUACAUGCUAACGUUGCCAGAACUUCGUCGCCGUCUCCGUAUAGGGACCCCCAUCCCAGAGUGGUUCUCAUACCCCGAAGUCGUCAAAGUCCUUCGGGAAUCCCACCCACCCCGUCACAAACAAGGCUUCACCGUCUUCCUGACCGGGUACACCAACAGCGGCAAGGAUGCCGUCGCCCGUGCCCUACAAGUGACACUGAACCAGCAGGGCGGCCGCUCAUCCACUCUUCUCCUCGGCGAGACUGUCCGUUCCGAGCUCUCUGCAGAGCUCGGCUUCUCCCGGGAAGACCGCCACAAGAACAUUCAACGCAUCGCCUUCGUCGCAGCCGAACUGACUCGCGCUGGUGCCGCCGUCAUCGCUGCGCCCAUCGCCCCAUUCGAGAGCUCCCGCAUCCAGGCGAAGCAGACCAUCGAGCAGUUCGGGUCCGUGUACCUCAUCCACGUCGCCACGCCGUUGGAAUACUGCGAGAAGACGGACAAGCGCGGGGUAUACGCCCGCGCCCGCAGUGGUGAAAUCAAGGGGUUUACUGGCGUGGAUGAUCCGUAUGAGGAUCCCACCAAGCCUAGUCUUGUUGUGGAUGCUAGCAAGCAGACUGUUCGCAACAUUGUACACCAGAUUGUCCUCCUUCUUGAGAGCGAGGGCCUUUUGGACACUGUUUAGAUGGACUUGCUUCUAAUUUGACUUUACUUGUCUCUUUUGUUCCUCCUUCGGUUUCUUUCAUUAUUCCUAUAACUGCUCAUACUUUGGCAUCUAUUUAUUUGUGGCUGUUAG